UAUGGUUCGAGUAACACAAUGUCGAACAUUUAUACAUUAAUCAUAAUUUAUUGAGAUUGUUUUAAUGAUCCAUUCAACAACUGUUAAAGAAACAUCAAACUCCGACAUCUACCUAUAUAGUCACUCGUUUACUCACACAGCUGAAAAUUAAAAUCCGUUCGCAGCCAGCCCAUCAAUCAUGUCAAUGAAAUUCAUUCACCUGUGCCGCUGAUUCACGAUUGACUUACACUCUGCUGCUUCGCGAAGAAGUUAGUUCAUUCAAAAUUGUCGGAUCGCGCGGAUCGUAUAGUUCAACUGUGCAAUAGAAACAGUUUAGCUGAUAACUUGAUACAGUAUUCUGGCUGUAGUAGCAUUGAUAACGGUGCUUUAUCCAUCAUCCUAAUACAGAACGCUUGAGUGAUUACUAAUUUUUUAUCGAAGAAACUUGUUCAGUGACAUGCAUGCAGUGUUAAGCUCAUUGCACUGAUAACACCCAAUGAUAUUGAUUUAUUCGAGAAAACAUAUUCGCCACAUUCGACUUUUUUACGUGGAGCAUUCCUGUAUGGGGAAAAUAUGCAGAAAAAUAUAAAAUGUUUACACAAAGCCAGGAAAAACCGCUCCAACAUCUGUGGAUGAUUUACGUUCUGGUCCAAAUACUAACUAUCGCCUGGGUGGCAAAUGGGCUACCACAGCUUCAACAACAACAGGGGCUGAAUGCUAGCGGAACUGAGGACCACCGGCAACACGAUUUUGAAUACGAAUACGUGCAGGACUGGCCCAAAUUGGACAGGAAGCUCGGUUCAGUGUCAGCCGUAGCCUUCGAUUCCCAGGGAAACUUGGUCGUCUUUCAUCGAGGUCCAACAGUAUGGAAUGCGACGUCAUUUGAUCGGCGAAAUCGCUAUAAUUAUAUCGAUGUUGGGCAGAUUGAUGAGAACACUCUGUUGACAUUCAACCAUGAAAGCGGCGAUCUGCUAAGCGAAUGGGGUGCUAAUUUCUUCUACAUGCCUCACGGGCUCACAAUCGACAAGAGCGACAACUACUGGGUGACGGAUGUAGCGAUGCAUCAGGUUUUCAAAUUCGAUUUGACGGUGUCUCGAAUCAAACCGGUUCUUACGCUUGGCCAACGCUUUGAGCCGGGAACCGGUCCGUCAAAUUUUUGCAAACCCACCUCGGUGGCAGUGCUAGAGAAUGGAGACUUUUUCGUAGCCGAUGGCUACUGCAAUGGGCGCUUCAUGAAGUUUUCCUCUGAAGGUCAAUUGAUUCUUACCUGGGGAAAGAACUCGUUCGAGCUAACGCGAACUUUCUCCAUGCCACCUGGGUCUGUUCCGGAGAACUUCUUUGCAAUACCUCACGCACUAACCUACGCCGAAGACAAGGGUCUCGUUUGUGUGGCCGAUCGCGAACAAGGCCGGGUUCAGUGCUUCCAUGCACAAAAUGGAACAUUCCAUUCAAUGUACAGCAGCGGCAAGAUCGGAAGUCGCUUGUUCAGCGUCCAGUACCUUCCGAUCCAAGGUGGACUAUUCUACAUAAUAAAUGGUCCGCAAUUCACGACCUCACAACCCGUUCUGGGAUUCAUCAUGUCAAUGAAUAACAGCGAAAUUGUGGGGCGAUUCUAUCCAGACAAUCCACAUCAUGUGUUCAGCAAUCCACAUGAUCUCGCCAUCAGCGCUGAUGGAGCCGAGAUCUACGUAGCUGAAUUACUACCGACUAAGGUUCACAAGUUUAAACGAAAAGGAACACCAGCGCGACUAGCGGCAAUCUCCGAACCCACUGAACAGCACGGGAUGCCACCGGAACCGUUUGACGAUGGUAACCAGUACGCCAGUGGGUUGACAAUCGUGUCUAUAGUGGCCAGCUUGAUUGGAACCGGAUGUCUAAUUAUGUGCGUAUUGCGUACGAUGUGGUUUAAACCGUCCGGUGGAAGCGGCAGGCGUCAACGGUUUUCCACCGUUGGAGAGAACAUUGCACUGCAACGCAUGGAUCGGCAAGAUGGAGGAGAGUUGUAGAUAGGAGGAUGCUCGAAUUUACAAUCAGUCGCAGUUCGGAAAACUAAUAAGACUCAACAUUCCGUCCGAAAUGCAACAUGAACUGUGAUGAUUGCUGGAGAACUUACUGAUUGUGAAGUAAUAACGAAAUGUUCUGUGUAUAUUUGAUAAGCAAUAUCGUAGUACAUAUUUAUAAAAAGCGAUAUUCGAAUAGGCAAACUCAAUGUAAUCGUUUUAGUUUCUUAGAAUUCAAUGAAAAAAACGCUAGUUGAAAUUGUUCAAAAUUGUAUACGUCUUCUAUUGAAAGAUGUAAUAAAAUGAAAAUAAAAUAAAGCCCAUGACAUUAAAUAAAACGAUCCAUUGCCCUGCAGCACUAGUACGUAACUGAUGUCAGAA